UUGAACACUUUCCCUCUACUCUUGCACGCCAGCUUGCCUUGUUUAACGCUGAGUAUGAGGGUCUUCUUGUCAGUCGACUUCGACAGCCCUCAGCACUGAAGGGUCUCCACGGUUUCACUCUGGAGAAGCAAAUGAGAGCUUGGAUUAUUGAUCCCAUGCACAAACUCUUAUCUUUGGGUGAAGCACGCCUCAUCAUCAUUUUGGAUGGACUGGACGAGUGUGGGGAUCAGGAGGAACUUGAGUCCUUAAUGAAGCUAGUACUUAUCCUUGGUGAGCUGCCGGCCACAUUUGCCGUGUUGGUGAGCUGUCGGCCAGAGUCAUCUGUCGUGUCGGCUUGGGUUGGAGCUCGGGCUCAGGGUCUUGUCAUCCCAUAUGAAGAUGUGGACAUUGUCGCUGAGGAAGAGAAAUCCAACACUAUCCACCGCAUGGUGGAGGAAGGCCUUCGGGGUUGCAUCGAUAAGUCUUCCUGGAAACCAUCCGAAGAAGAUGUCGAUGUAUUUGUCUCAGCAUGUCGUGGACUGCCUAUUAUCGCCUCAAUCCGAGUCCGGGAUGUCUGCAUUCGAACUCGUCGUGGUGCAACCCUUCGAUCCGAGUUCAAAUACUUCCGUGACCUCAUCAAUACCCCUGUUGAUGUCAAUUUGGGGUACCUGCGCAUACUUCGCCGUGCCUAUAUAUUUGACUCAUCUGGAGUUCCUCCACAUAUAGCGGAGAACUAUCGCCAAGUGGUUGCCACAAUCAAUGUGGCAUUUGAGCCACUGAGUGUGUUUUCCAUGUCUCAGCUAUUAGGAAUUGGUGAGGAAGAGGUCUUAGCCAUAUUGGAUCCAAUUAGCUCUAUUGUUGAUUUCUCUGAAGAAAGUGGCUUGGAACAUUCUUCGCAAACUUCCUCAGAAGACCCAAAGGUUGUCAAAUUUUAUCAUGCAACGAUGAAAGAGUUCAUUGCAGGGGAUCCGAUUGGUGACGAGAAUGACAAAGUAUUCUUUAUCAAGGAUGUGAAUAAGUAUUUCCUCGGACCACCGCUCCUCCGAUUAUUCAAUAACAGUUGUGAGCGGGAUGUGUUUGGGGAGCCUGCCAUUCUCCCUUUAGGGGACAGACGAAAAUGGGACGAUUUUAUGGAGAGAGACCUUCAUCACCCCCAGCAUCUCCGAUAUACUCGUCGACAUUUAUUAAGACACUUAGACCCCUCGCAGCUCUUCGCACAAGGGUCCAAUUUGCAGAACGAGUUUAAUACAUUCCUCAUGCGAAACUUGGUUACAUAUAUGCACUUGGCGCGACAUGAUAAACGGUUUAGCUGGGGCCGAUUACCUCAUGGAUUUUAUGGAUUCAAGAAUUGCGAUUCAUACAAACUUUUGAAAGAAGCUCGAGAAAAGCAAUCUGUGAAGUAUCUGGGUUGGACUUCCAUUGCACCAUGGAACCUCCAUCGAUCAACCCUUCCUUUCACCCCAUCCUCAUCGCCUUUGUACAAACUGUAUGGCCACCUCUCCGAUCCUGUCCGGAUCUUCACCAUUUCCAGCGAGUUUUCCGGGCACAGAAUCCCAUUGAGUGAGGAUUUACUCAAUGCUCGAAUGGUCAUGGAGGCGAAGCUACCUAAUUUGCCAGAGAAGGCUGGUGGUCGGGUUAAUUAUGAUGCCCAAUUCAACGACCCUGGUGUUCGUAACGGCAUUGUGACAUGUGCGGCGCUCUCCCUUGAUGGUCACCAUAUAGCGCUUGGUUUUGGUAGCGGUGUUAUUGAGCUUGCCGAUAUCGACCAGCAGUGCACGAUUUCCCGAUUCCAGCUCAAUCCACCCAACCAUCCAGUCUGGAUCGAAUUUGUUCAUGGCAGCCACCGAGUUGCUGCCGAGGACAAUGAGGGAAACGUCACCAUCCUUAGACACGAUAUGACCCCCAUUAAUCUUGGUACGCUUCCCAACGGUUCUCCUGCUAUAACUCAAGUAUCAGAUAAUGGAUUAUUUAUCAUACGGGUUCCAUGGAACACUCAUAGCUCUUGGUACGACAGCCUGACUCUCAUAUCUAUUUUGGAUGACCCGCACAUGCAGCACCUCGCACCCCCUUCUUCCAAUAAUUUCACUCCAACUUCUGACCCUCCUAUCUUAGCCUCCGAGUCUUCUACUUCAUCCUCAGAUGAUGUCGUGCUCGCUAUUCCUCACCGUCGCACGCUUGGGUUUUCCCCGGGAGCACGUUAUAUCGGUGCUUUCGAUGGCCUCAGCGCUUUUACAUGGUCGACAGAUUCGGAAGGUGGAGCAGCGGAUCGACUUCAUUCCAAAACAGACAUGGGGCAUAACUCGGACGAGUCCUGGAUCAAGUGCCCAUUUUAUGUUCUCUUGGAAAGUGAGGGGGACAAGUUGAAAAUCCAUUUGUCUGCUGCCAGAAGAACCCCACUGUUCGAAACCGAUAUACACCACUCUGGGCUACCAGUGUUCUUCGAUGGAAAAAUCGAAUUUGUUAUUCCCAAGGCAUAUCAACCAGUUGUUUUUUCUGGUACCAAAGGUCUAGGCGCUUGGUAUGGUGAUCAAGUGCCGUUUGAUCCUACCCUUCUGUACAGCCCUCGGUCCAGCAAAGAUGGGACUCGAAUCCUCCUCCAAGGCCGGCAGACGGCUCCAAUCGUUAUCGAUCUUAGCCAAGUCAUUUAGGACGUUAUAUUUACUUGUUUGCCCUCAAGCUCGAAUGUUUUUCUCACAGAAUUGGAAUUGUGGAACAAUGAACCAACGGAGUGAGCAGGCCCCCCAUUAGCAUGCACAGAGGUCGCUUCACCCUACCUGCAUCCGCGACACCAUGACUAUGCCUUGCCCGUUCUAUCUGCUGUUCAAGAUCGAGGGGGGGAAGCAUCAAGUUUCGCUAGGUCGUCCUUCCAUCCUUCUGGACUUCCCCUCGCCGGCUUUCCCUCUCCCUAGGAUGCAGUGGGCAU